AUGGCUGGGCGCGGCCCUGGCUUGGCUCUGCCUCGAGCAAAGCUCGCCGUUUCGGGCUCCGAGCAUCCUAUUGUGCCGCGUCUUCACCAUCCAACUGCCGCCAUCAUCUCUCCCACCGCAUUCAUCCCCCUCCCCCCCUUCACACGCGGCACGCAGCCUUUUCUGCACUCUUCCGCAGGGCAUUCUCUGCCACUUGCUUGUGGAAAUGCACGCCCAUUGCCAUUCAUCCACCCACCGCCCGCACUCGCAUCCUGCCAUUCGGCCGUCUCGCUCGAUUCGACUGCCUUUGCACGCCCGGACAUCCUCGCAUCGCCACUUGAACGCUCCCUUGCACUCUUCACCACCACCUGCGCUCGUGCCUCCGUCUCGCACUCUAGCAAUCCCAACAAAAAGGCUCAACUCACCAUCAAAAUAAACGGCUCCCAACUGCCUUGCCUCGUCUCGUCGCCAUUGCUUGGAUCCUCUUCAUACCCAUCGUUUGCAUCCCUUGCGUCCUGCGUCGCUUCGCCUUGGAUUCUGCUCCGCAAUAUCCGCUUCAUCGGCUUCACAACCGCCGUCCCCUCGCAUCUUCGCCACCUCUGA